AUGAAAUUUAAUUGGUAUCGUCUGAUGCUCAUGAACAACAAACGGCUUUGCUUUUCUCAUAUUCGACAGUCACACACUCAUGAUGCAUCGCUGCCAAUGAAAAAACUGAAUAUUAUAUCAUAUACUCCAGUUAGAUAUCGCAAUACAAUUAUAUCAAAAAUUGAAACAAUAGUAACAACAUGUGGUGGUUAUGUUGAUGAUUUCAAUUUUUUUUCGGAUUUGGCUGUUAGUCUACGAAUAUUGGGUAUUCGACAACCAGAUACAUUAACACAACUUUAUCAACGAUUAAAACUAGACACCGAAGAAUUACAAUUAGAUGAUCAAACAAUUAAUGUGUUAAAUAGUUGUUCUUCCAGCACUGAUCGGUACUCACUUUUCAUUCUAUUUCAAAUAUUAUUCAUUGACGCUAAAGGUGAUUUAAGACAGAGUGUGCCUGCUGUCAAUAGCUGA